UUUUAGAUUGUUCCUUUUAUGUUUCUGUGAAAAUGUUGCACUAGACAGAGAACUCAGGGUUCAAGGUCCGCACGUCUUCAACUGAAGCUCUUUAUUGGUGUUUUAUUUUGAAGUGAUCAACCGAAAACUCUCCUUUGCACUCUGCCUUACUUUCACCGGCGUACUUUGGCACUUCGUUAGCAUGGUAGCAAGAAGUUGCUAACUAGCCGAAGUUAACAUGUCCGUCAACUAGUCAGCACAGUUAUAGAAACGACGUGUUUUUACCCCGAGUUGUAUUUAGUGAAACACUCAUUCAGGAUGUUUUCAUCCGUCUGGAAUUUUGUGAAACGUCACAAAAAGAAGUUUAUUUUCACGGGAGCUGUAGUUGGAGGCGUGUACUUCCUGGGUAAAUAUGCCCAGAAGAGGCUCAGUGAGUUCCAGGAGAAGGAGGCGGCCGAGUACCUCGCUCAGGCCCGGCGCCAGUUCCACUUCGAGAGCAACCAGAGGACCUGCAACAUGACCGUGCUGUCCAUGCUGCCGCCGCUAAAGGAAGCCAUCGUCAAUCAGCUGAACUCCGAGAGCCUCACCGCGCUGCUCAAGGCCAAACCAGCCAACAAGCUGGAAAUCUGGGAAGAUUUAAAGAUCAUCAGUUUCACCCGCACCAUCGUGGCGGUGUACAGCACCUGCCUGCUGGUGGUGCUGCUGAGGGUGCAGUUGAACAUCAUCGGGGGUUACCUGUACCUGGACAACUCCGUGGGCAAGAACACAGCGACUCCUCUGGCUCCUCCGGACGUCCAGCAGCAGUACCUGUCCAGCAUCCAACAUCUGCUGGGAGACGGUCUGACGGCGCUGAUGACCGCGGUGAAGAAAGCGGUGCAGAGCUCUCUGGGAGACGUCCCUCUGAAGCAGAGCCUGUCUCUGCUGGAGCUGGAGCAGCAGCUCAGCUGGAUCCGGGCGGAGGUGGAGGCCGGCUCCAUGUCCCGCUACAUGCUGGCCGACGACGAGAACGCACUCGCCGACCAGGCGUGCGGUUUGACGGAGGACGACACUGUGACCAUCAGACUGCUGAACGAGACCCGAGACAUGUUGGACAGUCCAGACUUCUCCACCGUCCUCAACGUCAGUCUCAACCGGGGCUUCUCGGGUCUCCUCGACAACUUGGCCGAGUUCUUCCGCCCUCCUCCCGGUGACUCCGCCCCCGGCUUUGCACCUGAUAGUCUGUCUGCCGUCAGCCUGCCGGUGGCCAAGAUCAUCCCCAUUGUCAACGGUCAGAUCAACUACAUCUGCAGCGAGACUCCCAGCCACUUCGUCCAGGACCUGCUGACCAACGACCAGGUGAAGGAGUUCGCCGCCAACGUUUACGAGACGUUCAGCACCCCGCAGGACCUGCAGAAGUGAUCCACCCAGCGAGAGGAGGAGGAGGAGAACAAGAGGAGGAGGAGGAAUGGAAGCAGAAAUGAUGGAAGCCCUCCUCCCUCUCUGCGAGACACGUUUCUCCUCACUGCCCUGCAGGCGAGCGGCCAUCAUGGAUUAUUAACCCGGCGGGGGGAGAGGAGACCUGUGGCUAACCUCUCGAACAACUGCAUCAUGGGAAGUGGAGUCUUAUUUAGGUGCUGCGUCAGAUGAUCGUGUUGAGGUGACGUGACGGUUUCUCCUGGUUCAUCGAAGGCGGUUCGCUCUGCGGCUUCGUUUCCCCUGCGGUGGGUUCCGGGGUUUCGGUGGAUGUGUUGAGGAGGUGGUGAUUUCUUUGUGUUGUUAAAGUUUAACAGAAAAUUUAAUUUGACCAUUUUUUAUAACCACAGCGGCAUGACAUACUUAAAAACACAAUUUAAAGAGAAAGACGCUGAUCAGAAUGUCGUAGUGGCAUCGAUUGUUCACCUCAGAGACGCAGUCAGAAACCAGCGUGGUGGAGAACCGGUCAGUUCCUCUUCUUCACCAGAAGGGGUCGCUGCUCUUCUGCUGUCUGACUUCAGGUGAAACGCUUCAUUCCAAACAGGUCCUCCUCGGUUUAACUUCUUGACGUCCUCCAGUAACUGACAGUUACUGAAAAUAAUAAGACUGUUGUCCAAAGCCCAAGACGACUCUAUCAAGCAUGAUUUACGCCAUGAAGCCCUUCACCGCUUUACUUCAUUCAAACACUGUCUCGCCCUGUAUUUAGGUCCAUUUUUCCUUCAUUCAUCUAGAACUGUUUCGACAGUUUUUACUCGUCUCCCUCGAUGUGCGCUUUAGUCGAUGAGUUCGGCUCUGGUGACACAACGGGAAGUUGAUCCGCUCCGUGAUGGUGGAGAUGCGCUGAGUUUCCCUCUGGAGGACGGACAUCAGAAUGUAGAUCUCUGUAUAGUCAUCCAGCUGUUUUGAAGCAUUGUAUCCUGAAUGAAAGCUAAAAUGUAUGUUUUUUGUUUUUUUUAGAAAUAUAAUGAAGAUAAUAAAGUAUGAUUUA